AUGAGCUCACGUACAGGUAAACGGCCGCUCGAGCCCCGGCCUCGCGGGGACAGCCCUCCCAGCAAACGGAACCGCGCACAGGAACCAAGGUCAGCGCUACCAGACAAAGCCCGUUCACUCAAUACUACGUCACGUCCUCAAGAGAAGCCUGGCCGACCCGACCAAGUAUCUAGCCACGAUGCACCCACCAGGUCUCCUACGUACCUGGGCAGCAGACCAUCUACCCCUACUCACCGCAAUGCACCUCCCGCCCCUUCCAUGUUACCGGUCGAGUCAAACUCACACGCAAAUUCUACGCCACGUUUAGACAAUCCUACCAACGGUUGCGCACCCAUUACCAUGCAAUCACUUCGCAAACUCCGAGACAGACGACUAGCUGUAGCGGCACAGUUCAGCCCAAGUGGAAUGCCCGCAUCAUCAGCCACUCAAGUAGAGGUCAGCCUCGAAGCUCAGCAACUGGAAGUCAAUCAACUGAAAAAAGAACGAAACGAACUCAACAGCAGAUUGAAGAAUGUGGAGGCUGUAUUCCAAAACUCCAACCGUCUAACAAACUUCACAGAGCAACAAGCGUGUUCUUCAAAGGCCCUGCAACCCUUACUCACCCGCUUAGAUGUGCUUGAGAAAUCCUUGCUAGUUCCCAAAGACAAAACUUUCCAGAAAGAAAAAGACGCGCUUGUGCCUGUGGAAAAUCGAUUAGCUGCAGUAGAAGUUGCAUUGUCCAAUCUCCAUGAACGUUUAGAACAGAUAAAGCACCCUUCGAACCAAGCGAAUGCAAGUCUGGCCAAGGCAGCAAACAACGCUGUAACCAAGAUCUUUGCUUCAGAAAAUGAAAUACCCACAUUCAUCAACGAUAGGUUGAAGAAGCUAGUGGCUGAUAAAGUUAGCGAGUACGCUGUGGACAUCAAGAAUUCAAUAGGCCGUGAGAUGGCCGAAAUGGAAGCACAGCUGAGCAAACGUAUCAUAGAUGAGCACCAAUUACUUCAAAAUACAUUAGAAAAGCUCAAGGAUAUGAAGGACUUGUCAGCGACAAAUGACGAUUUGUCUCUGAUGGCCAUCACGAAAGCCCUCGAGGAUCAGGUCAAGACCCUACAGACUGAAGUCGACUCACUCUCUGACGAUUUCAAUGAAACCGGUCAAAAGCUCCAUGAGCACUCUACUGCUAUUACUCUUAUGAAGAAUCAAGUCCCUGAACUCUUCCGGCAGCAGUUCGACCCGUUCAAGUCCAAGGUUCAAGAGCAGCUCGGGAUAGUCAAUGGCCAAUUGGGCGCACAUGCCAAUGACAUUGACAGUUUGAAGAACGUUAUGUCUUUACUCCAGACAAAGACUAUGUCAAAUACCCAAGCGCUGGCAACGAAAGCGGAUGCGGAUGCUGUGGGAACACGGACGGACAGCAUUAUGUUUGCAUUGAAAGACCUCGAGCAUCGAUACCAAAACAUUAGCACCGACGAAAUGUACCAGAAAAUGGUACAUUGGUUUGUGCAGAUGUAUCCAGCAAGUGCAGCUUUGCUGAGAGACACAGCGCAACUUCAACAAGAUGUCAAGCAGCUCAAAUCUUACUGCAGCGACAUCUCAUGGGUUUGGAAACGCUCUGAGGUUUUGGUCGAUCUGUGCCAGAAUGCUGGGCAACUGCAGUGGCUUGCAAAAAAUGCCCCGCAGCUACAAGCCCUCUGUCGACAGCAUUCCCCGCAAGUUCAGGGCAAUGUCCAGCAAGCACUAGUUGAAGUUGAACAGCGUCUUAAAAUUGACAUCAAUGAGCUCAAGAUCAUGAAGAACUCGCUUGAGCCUCAGAUGUCCCAAAUCGCCAUGCAGGUUGCUGACAUACAAACGUCGGCGUACCAGCACCGGCGUGAUUUCGACACGAUUAAGGAUACCCUGAUCGAACCUAAUAAGGACUUUUUUGGCCUAUUCGGUACAGCUCUUGCUGUCUUGGCCCAAGUCCAACAGGUUGUCGAAAUCUUGAAUAAAAGCAUACCCGGCUCCCCGCUAACGCUGGACUGGGAAUGCUACCUACCAGCACUUGUUGAACAAUCAAAGACAAACACCAACUCUGGUAUUAGCGCGAAAGGGGGCAACAGCAUGCAGUAG